AUGUCCAUGACCGUAGCCGAAUGCACGCAAACCCGGGACGGCUUCCCGCGGCCGUUCCCCAAUACCCCGGCCAAUGUCCUGGAGCAGUUCAAGUUGAACGGCAAGGUUGUGGUUGUUACGGGCGCGGCGGAUGGUAUUGGACUCGCUGUUUCUGAGGCUAUGGCUGAGGCUGGGGCUAAUGUUGCUUUGUGGUAUAAUUCAAAUGAUGCCGCUAUUAAGAGGGGUGAGGAGUUGGCGAGGGAUCAUGGUGUUAAAACUGUUGCUUAUAAGGUUGAUAUAUCGAACCCCGAGGAGGUCCAGAAGGCUGUAGCGGAUGUUGUGAGGGACUUUGAGAAGAUUGAUGUCUUCGUUGCUAAUGCCGGUAUGGCUAUUUCCAAACCAAUCCUGGAACAAACACUGGAUGAAUACAGGAAGCAGAUGUCUGUCAACGUGGACGGUGUAGUCUCCUGCGCAAAGUACGCAGGCGAAGUAUUCCAACGUCAAGGCUCAGGGAACUUGAUCAUCACGUCAAGUAUGAGCGCACAUAUUGUGAACGUGCCAACGGAUCAACCCGUCUACAAUGGAUCCAAGGCCUUUGUCACCCAAUUUGGUAAAUCCCUUGCUCGCGAAUGGCGAGACUUUGCCCGUGUGAACAUUGUCUCGCCGGGUUUCUUUGAUACGAAAAUGGGUGCAAGUCCGCUUGCUGUAAAUGAGGCAUACCGAAUGGCUGUGCUUGGAAGGCAGGGCCACGUGAAGGAAAUCAAGGGUCUCUAUCUAUAUCUGGCUAGUGAUGCGUCGACGUAUAUGACUGGAAGUGAUGUGUUGAUUGAUGGUGGGUAUGUGCUUCCCUGA